AUGCCCCGUCCAAAUUCGAGCAUUCCCAAUUGGCUUCUUCCACGCCAUCUCUAUCGACACAUCCUACGAGAGACAUCCUAUCUGCCUCCAGCAAUUCGGGCGACUAUCACAACAGAAAUUUCCUCUAGAUUUCAUCGUCACCGCGGAAAUGACCCUCAUAGCGACAAACAUCGUGCGAGGGCUGCGAAUGUGUUACGCAAGUUGAGAGCGGCGAACAGCGGACAUAAAAAGUGGAUGGAAGAAUUUAUGAUGCACGCUUUUGCCAGGAAGGGCGCUCGAAGACGAAACCUGAUGUCGGAGUUUCUACGACCUCAGCCUCUCAACGACAGCGAGACUUUGGAAGCGAAGAUCCAACAGGUACAGACAGACCAACCGCCCGUCGAUGAAGUAGUUGCCAAACUAGCCGAAACCACAAUAAAGAACGACUCUCCAUCGGAAGAGAAUGGGACGAAAAAAGAAGAUACAGAAGCUGCCAGCGACACCAAAAGCGAUAGGAAAGAACCAGCGCAGAAGAAGACUCUUGUGAGACGGGGGCCGAAGCCUCUCCAGCCUACGUUUUAUCACAAAUGGGACGUACAAAAAAUCAACAAGCUAUUAUCUUCUCAGAGAGUGCAGCAAAAGUCGGCAGACAUGUCUUGGCCCAAGACCGAUAUUAAAAAUCUGAAUCCCGACAAUGACAUACCAAAAACAAAUAUAUGGGGGAAACCAACCCCCGAAAGGGUCAUCCAAGCCAGAAGAGCAAGCUUUUGGAAGCGUUCGAUUCCUAAAGCCAUGCCUCCACUCCACGUUGAUGAAUGGGAAUUCCUUGGUCAGCUAGCGAAUGGCGCCCAGGAAGAAGGACAGUGGAAAAUGCCAGAGAGGAGACCAGCUGCGAAGCCUGUACGAGAUGUCACGAAUAAGUCGAAGCCAAAGUCGUCAACUCUGGAUUGGAACUGGGAGAGCCACGCCACUUAUCCUACUAGCAGAGUCGAGCGUGUAAACAAACUUGCGCUGUUUGCGAAUGUUGGGCCAGACAAAACCGAUCAUCCAUACCAUCUACAGUUCGAUCCGAAGCAACUCACACCAAGAUGGUUCCGCCGCGCUUAUCAGAGAGUCUGGCAACUCUCAGCUAAGAGAGAAGAAAUACCAGCGACAGGAAAGAGUGUUUAUGUUUGGGGCUCUUUCAAUCCUGGUGUAACCGCUCCUACCGAAAGACAACUUGAAAUUUUCGAGGGCGUCAACAACAAGGGUCAAAAGCCAAAACGCCGAACUCCUACAACACUAACACCCGAGCCCGACGUUGCCUCUUAG